AAGUUGCUUUCCUUAGAAAAGGAGAUCAAAGAACGUGCGCUAGCAGCCCUCUUGUGUGCGCUUAUUGUCGGUCUUUCGCCUCCACAGCCGCUGCCAGCAACCUUGUUGUGACAAAUGCACAGAUGUGAUGGAGGUGAGGAAAAGUGGGGAGGCUUUACCUUAUAAUUACACUUCCCCACUCUCCAAACCCCACUCCUCGUGUGCAAGUUAGGGGCUGAGGCUUCCAUAAAUAGCUUAGCAGUAUGAGCACUGUCUCACUUAAAUCCAAUUUUCCUGCAAGUGAAGGCAUCAUUACUCCUCUUGAAUUCAAAGGAGGAACCACAACUCUACCCCAACAAGUCCAAUUGAUCAUUUCCCUCUCUGUUGGAACAAAGUUGUUGAGUAAUCCUAAAGACUCCCAUCCCCCACCCUUCCCUAAACAAAAGAGGGCAGUGUACACAGUGUACAGAGAGCCUGAGUGAAAGAAAAAGAAGUUUGGCAUUUUACAGAUCUGGAAACAAAACACUAAAAGGAGCUUUGGGGCUCACCCAUCAAGUUUACCCCGGCACAGAUGAGCUUUCUCUGUCUUUCGUUCCUGUCCUGUUCUGUCACUUCCCAGAAAUCCAGCAGGGUUUCAGAAACUAAAUAGGUAAAGGAAGGUUGCCAGAAACAGAAUUCUUUCAUUUUAUAUUUUAUAUAUAUUUUAUACUUUUUUGUGGACUGUGGAGACCCACUAGUUCCAUCUGCAGCCAGACUAGAAACAGAUGGCUCAAGUUAGGAUUGUAGAGCUCAGGGAUGGGAGGAAAAGAAAGAGUUGGAAGACUGUCAGGCUGAAGGGGAAAGCCCAGUGUUUGUUUUCCUGGUACCCCCAAUGUCCCAGUACCCGCCCUUCUUGGUGCUGACAACCUUGAUUGCAAAAUUAAACAGAGGGGAAGUUGGGGUGGAGAAACAGGAUUUGGGUUGACUAGCACAGUAUAAAAGCCUAAGGUCAUUCAAGACCCAAGACUCAGAUUCCAGAAGCCAGGAAGCCCAGCUCCAAGCAUAAAAGGAGUAGGAGGUGCACAGACUACCGGGACCAGCCAAUGGAGCCCCAGCCGAGUCUGCCGCCACUGCCGCUGCUGCUGCUUCCCCUGCUGUGGCUUCCCUGGUCAUCCUCAGCCUUCUGUAUCCUGGACGAAGAGGGCGACAAUUGCUUCUGCAACUUUUCUGCCCCGGAGCCUAAAUGGAAUGACAUUGUGAUGUGCAUUUCCGCUGUGGAGGUGGAGAUCCAGGGAGGCGGCCACAGCUUGGAGAGCUUUUUGCAGAAAGAUGUCGCUGACCCGAGCAAAGCCACGGACGUGCUGAGAGCCCUGCGCCUCAAACGGCUGAAGGUAAAAGAGGCCCUGGUCCCCGCCCCACUUCUGCACCAGCUCCUACGGGCGCUCACCUACACUCGGAUUAAGGAGCUGACCCUGGAAGACCUGGUGAUUUCACACCCACCCCUGCCACCGCAAACCCCCUUUGACAAUGACCUGCCGCUGACAGCCCUGAGCCUCAGCAGAGUGUCGCUGACCGGAGAGAGUGACUUACUGGCAGCAGUGGGGCCUUGGCUAAAACCUGGACUGAAGGCACUGAGUUUGACCGGUUUGGGCCUGAGCGGUGUGCCCUGCUCAGACUUGGGCACCUUCAAGGAACUGAACUCUCUAGAUCUGUCAGACAAUCCAGAGAUAGGAGAGAGUGGCCUGUCUGCAGCCUUCUGCCUCAAGGAGUUCCAGGCACUGCAGGAUCUGGCACUUCGGAACACCAGCCUCCAGUCCCUGGGGGAAGUGUGCCGGGCUCUAGAGGCGACAGGGACAAAUGUUCAGCGACUGGACAUCAGCUACAACGAGCUGAAGGAUACACCGGCUCCCCAGUGUACAUGGCCACCCACCCUGCUAUCCCUCAACCUGUCCCAUGCCAAGCUGAAGUGUGUGCCCACGUCUCUGCCUAUGAAGCUGCAGCAGUUGGUCCUGAGCUAUAACUUGCUGAUGAGGCAGCCGACACUUAUGGAGCUGCCCCAGGAAACCGAAGUGAUCCUCGAAGGGAACCCUUUUGCCAACAGCGCUGUCUCAGCCAGGUUGCAAGGGGAGCAGGUGCCAGAGGACUGUAAGGUUCCUUCCCAUGGGAACAAGUCCGCAGGCACACCACUAGCCCUCCAGAUCUCUGGGACUGCCGCCUUGGUGCUGCUUGGAGGCGCCAGAGGAUUCGCCUGAAGGGGGGUGGGGAGCAAACUGGGGAGGGGGGAAAAACAUGUUCAAGUCCCACCUGGCAGCCUUGUGAUUCCAGGGACUGCAGAGUAACCUGCCAGGAUGUCAGUCUCCACUACUUUUCAUUAAAAAACAAACAAAAACCUGAUAACUGAGAAACAAAAUGUAUGUCAUUUCUUUCUUCCGCAGAAGCUCUGAAGACUAGCUUGAGGACAUUGGA